GAUGCAAUACCAGUCAAUAUUUCUGGUAUCACUACGUCGAAUGCUGAAUUUUACUAGCAGCGCUUGGCAAGCAGGUCCAAAGUUUUCAGGCGCUUAAAGACCAUCCGCUGGAAAACGAUGGCUCGUGUGCUCGUUUUAGCUUCUCUGACUGCCUGGGUUAUCCUCUCUUCUCUCGCAGUCGCUUCUUCCAAGGAUAUCCCGUUUAAUGCGAGCAUAGCGGCAGCGAUGCGGGAGAUUGCCCGGGAGAUUCAGCUGCCAGAGGGCCUGAACUGGGCCGAAGGGGCCCUGUGCUCUGAUGAUGGCAUGGGGACGGGGUUCAGAGGGGUGGUCUGCGAUGACAAUGGGUUCCCCAUAUCCAUAGCGCCUGUGAUUCCAGAUGGGGAGAUUGGAGGCGGCUUCCCACAGCUACCAACAGCCCUCGCUAAGCUCACAACCGUUACUCUCCUCUCCUUCAACGCCUUCACACUCAACGCCAAGCUCUCUUCCUUUGCCCGUGUCGUCAAAUGCCUGCCUCGCCUAAAAUAUCUUGACCUCUCAGUCAAUUCACUCUACGGCCCCAUACCGGCAUAUCUCACACAAUCCAACUCCCUUGAGUUCCUAUCCCUCUACGCAAAUCAGCUCACAGGGCCCAUCCCUCCCCUCUCCCCCACCCUCAAGUCCAUUCAAGUCCACCAUAAUUUCCUUUCGGGCAGGCUGCCCGCCUCUGCCCGCCACCUCAUCGACUGCGACGUCAGCCAGAACUGCCUUGAGGGAGGCAGUGCUGCCACGUGUCCCUCCUUAUCCUCUCAGAGGCCAGGUGGCAGCUGCAGAGUGGCUAGAAGGGCAUGUGUUUGUAAAGGGGGGAGGGUGUGUGUGCCUGUAUACGAUGGUGACAACGGUGAUGGGAGCAGCGAGGGGAUAGAGAAUGCAGGAAACCCUCCCGAUGCGUGGACGUGCUCCAAAUGUCCCUUGGGAGCAUUCCAGUUUGCCAACGCAUGCGUUUCAUGUACGAAGCUCUUCUUCACCCAAUGCUACAGGAGAUGGGCCAAGAGCAAAUUGACCUGCUGAGCCUCGCUAAACAGAUGGCUAGUUUGUCGGCAGACCAUGUUCCGCAGGUCAUCAUGACCAUGUUUAGAAGCUACAUUUUUGUUUGUCAGGUCUAGACGAAUUUCCAGAGAAAUCAAGCAAAAAGUCAGAU